UAGCUUCCCAUAAGAGCGAGUAAGAACAAGCACAACCGCACUGAAGAACUCCAGCAAGACUUUACACACAAAGCUUCACGGUGCACGCAUACAAGUCCUGUGAUCACACAGCUCCUCUCGCACACUUGAGUUAUGGGAUGUGCCACUAAUACCAGUUGACAAGUGCACACUUGGAUAGAGUGUGUAUACAACAUGGCUUGGUUACGCACAUGUUUUGUGUUGUCUUGUGUUGGACAGGUGUUGGCAAAUCCACCAGCCGAGACGCGAAUCUAUUUGGAUAACAUUACCCGCAUUUUGGAUAGAUUAUUAGAUGGAUAUGACAACAGAAUCCGGCCGGGAUUUGGAGGUCCUGUCACAGAGGUCAAAACUGACAUCUUUGUCACUAGCUUUGGUCCUGUAUCUGAUGUUGAAAUGGAAUAUACAAUGGAUGUGUUUUUUCGGCAAACGUGGAUUGAUGACAGGCUGAAAUUUGAGGGCCCGAUUGAGAUCUUACGUCUCAACAACCUAAUGGUCAGCAAGAUCUGGACACCAGACACAUUCUUCCGAAAUGGCAAACGCUCUAUUUCACACAACAUGACCACUCCCAACAAGCUGUUUCGCAUCAUGCAGAACGGAACUAUCUUGUACACUAUGAGGUUGACCAUUAAUGCAGAAUGCCCCAUGCGACUGAUAAACUUUCCAAUGGAUGGGCAUACUUGCCCUUUGAAAUUUGGUAGCUAUGCCUAUCCUAUGAGCGAGAUUGUAUACACAUGGAAGAAAGGGCCGUUGUUUUCAGUGGAAGUACCGCAGGAGAGCUCCAGUCUUCUACAGUAUGAUCUCAUUGGACAGACAGUGUCUAGUGAGCGUCUAAAGUCAAAUACAGGUGAAUACAUUGUUAUGACUGUCUACUUCCACCUGCAGAGGAAGAUGGGUUUCUUCUUGAUCCAAACAUACAUCCCAUGCUUUAUGACAGUUAUUCUGUCACAGGUUUCUUUCUGGAUCAACAAAGAGUCAGUACCUGCCAGAACAGUAUUUGGCAUCACCACGGUCCUAACCAUGACUACGCUGAGCAUCAGUGCUCGACACUCUCUUCCCAAGGUCUCCUAUGCCACAGCAAUGGACUGGUUCAUCGCCGUCUGCUUCGCCUUCGUCUUCUCUGCCCUGAUUGAGUUUGCAGCUGUCAACUAUUUUUCCACUUUGCAGGCCAACAAGGAAUUUAGGCGGACAAAUGCGGCCCGCGCUGCAGCAGCAGCCAGCAGUGAUAGAGAAGUUAAUUUGCAUCCCCUGGACCCAGGAGGUGUGUUAAAGAAAAGACUGAAUUCCUUAUCUCAAAAAGAUGCUACUGAGCGGUUCUCCAGACCACCUCAGCCUGAUUUCCGUCAGCAAGGUUCUGCUGUCCCUGCCAACAACAUGCUGACAGGAACCAGCAUCAUUGACAAGUAUUCACGCAUCCUCUUUCCCCUGUCGUUUGGGGCAUUUAACCUGGUCUACUGGAUUGUAUAUCUCACCAAAGACACUAUGGAAUCAAGAAUCUUCUCUGGUUCCUGGUGUGUGUUCCUGUAGCUCAGUGGUAAGAGCAUGGCGCUAACAACGCCAAGGUCGUGGGUUUGAUCACAGGGGAUUGCACAUACUUAGAAACAAAUGUACAGAAUAAUGCAAUGUAAGUCGCUUUGGAUAAAAGUGUCUGCCAAAUGCGUAAAUGUAAAUGUCUUAUUUGGAAAAUGGUAAAGUUUUUAAUCUUCAGUAAUCAUUCAAACAUUGUGACCCUGCCUUCAGAUUAAUUAAUUUGUACUGACAUGGAUCAUGGUCUAACCAUUUACCUUAUAUACGUAUCUUUAUAUAUAUCUUGUCUUAAAGUCCAAAAGCAUAAUAUUAUGCCAAGUAAAGUCAUUGCUGAAGCAUCCAUCUAAUCCAACACCCCUAAAUGGAGUAUCAGGUUUAUUUUAAAGCUUGUCUGUAAGGAUAAAUAUAAAAGUGUGCCAUCCAUCCAAUUCCCCUCCGCAUGCCCGUAUGCUCAGGUUGCCCUCUCCUGUCAAAAAGAGUAGAGUGCCACCUUUUGGUAUACGCAGCUUGUAACCUGCCCUCUGCAUUACCUCCCUCUCUUCUACUCUCUGCCCAUUGCUGAGUUAAUGUACACACUCAGACAUGAAGUCAUGUCAUAUUUUCAUUUUUGUUCAAUGCCAGUGUGUUUUAGUUUUCAGGUGGUAAGCCAUGCAUGAAAUCUUUGAGGGGGAGUAUCUGAAGCUCUAUGAGAAUGCAUUAUGGGUUGAUUCAGAUUCAGAAUGCUUUAAUCUGGUCGACCGACAUUCCAUUCAUUGAUUCAUGCUUUAAACAGGUUCAUAUCACCUCAAUUCAUUGAAGUGAAUGUUAAUAUCCACGUACCAUAGUAAAAAUAAAUAAAGUUUAAGACGGAUAAUAAUAAAAAAUAUUGUUUUCUUGAUUGUAUUUUGAAAUCUAUGGACAACCAAUCACUAAAAAAUAUUUAAAUCUGUACUGUACUUUAGUAUUUUGCUUAUAAUGUUCUUAUAAUAAGUUUUGUUUAUAUAAUGUUCAAUACUGGUAACAAGACGUACUCUAGUCUAACAGUAGGCUACUGUUGCUAUGGUUGCCACCUCAUUCCGAACCGAUUUCUGUUCGCUGAGUCUAUUUACAGUACAUCGAAGGAAAAUAUGUACAAUCUAACUAUUGUGGUUUACAGAACCCAGCAUAUAAACACAUCAACAACUGAUAUACUAAUGUGUAUUAAGAAUGUCUACUUUUAAGAUUCUGAGGCUUUUAUGUAUUAUUUUCUAUUUUACUUCCUUUGUGGGGUUCAAGGGUAGUCGUAAUCUUGAUUUAAGGGUGUGCAUUCAUUGUCAAUAAGUGAACUACUGUAUUUAAUAAGUACAUAUUCAUUUAAAUAGUGCCAAAAUUAGCUCACCAAUCUCAAUGCAGAAAAACACAUGCCAUGUGUACUGAUGUUGCAAAAGCUGAAAGGGAGACUAGAGAAGGAGGGCUAUAGAGAUGAAUAAAUGAGACUCACGCAUGCAGAAUCACAGCUGGCUCUUGUGCCUGAAAUGCCAAGCUGUCCUUCAAUACACAAAACCAGAUCCAUUGCUGGACCACACCUGAACAUGUUCUCAUGUUCGGGCCUUCAGAAAUCUGCUACUGUUCAAUUACAUGUUGUUAUCAAAUGUGUGUGUGUGUGUGGACAUGUGUCCAUCCACAGGGAGAUGUAGACAAGUGCAGUGAAAUGUUAACUAGACAAUCUUGGACAAUCUUGUGAGAAUAUUUCACAGCGGAGCACUUUUCAUUUGCAUUUCCAUUAUAAGACCUACAUAUUGCUUUUGCAGAUGAUAUGCAGAAUUAAUGUGAUGCUCAUUACUGUUGAUUAAAGCCACAAUAUGGAAUACUUUUGUUAUGAAAUAUCCAAAAAUCACUUGCACAGUGUGAUAUAUUUCUUGCAGUUGUGUACUUACAUUAUCCCAAAGUUCCCAAGAAUGUGCAAAUCCAAAGAAAUUCCUAUUUAAAAUAAUGGCACGUCCCUUGUCUCCCUUGUAUUUGUCGCAUAUCAGUGACUUAAUAUCUGCUGCUCCGCACUACCCUCAGUUUCUCAGGUUGGAGAAACUAAGGCAACACGCAAAUGCGGAAGUGGUUAUACAGCAUCUGGGACACAUCUAGGGCUGGACGAUGUCAUCGUAUAUCGACGAUGUCUUGCAAAUGUCCCGAUGUAGAUUACAACAGACAGAUACCAGACGAUAAUUGAUAAUAAUGGAAAAUACACAUUAUAACAUUAUCAUGCGAUGUAGGUUUUAGCGUGAACGUUCAUGUUCAUAUGCCCAGGCAGUCAGUAACAGUGACAGAAUUUUGGAAACGCUGUUUUGUUCGGUCAGUUGAAUGAGCUGCCGUUUUCUGCCGGUCGCUGCACAGAUAGACCAAGAGAAAGACGAGCUGCAUCGGCAAAGCAAUACCUCACGCUCGCGGGGCUGUACCGGUGUUCGAAUUGUCCUACCCUGUCAGAUUUUCCUACCGCAGGGCAAAACUUAAUCAAAACCACAUCAACAAAAUAAACAGGUAGGAUGAUUUUACAAUGCAAAAUACCCUGUCAGAUAAUCCUACAAUCUUAAAAUAAACACACAAAAUUAGGGAUGCACCGAAACGAAAAUUCUUGGCCGAAGCCGAACAUGAUGUGAAACACUUGGCCGAAGGCCGAAUAAUACCGAACACCGAACAUGGUUUUUUGCAUUUCUUCUAUUUAUUAAGCCAUUUUUUCACUAUUGCACAAACUGAAGAGUCAAAAUGUGCUUUUUAUAAUUUGUCUUGCUUUUCAAUAAAAUACAUUAUAACUUAAUAUAAAAUUGAGCAAAACAAAGUAAAUUCAAACAAAAAAUUCAGCCCUCUCCCUUCAUGAAUAGCCUAUAUUAAUUAGGUCUAUAACCAGGGCCGUGCAGAGACCUUUAAGUAUUUAAGUAUUUUAUACUUUGAGCAGGUGCUCAAAGUAUAAAAGGGGCACAUGGAACAAGGCUUUAAAUAUGGCUGUGCUCAAAACAUCAAUACAGCAAUACUGUAUAUCGCGAUGCAUUCCUUGCCGAUACGUGUAUCAAUACGGAUGCUUCUGCAAAUGCCAUGAUGCUAGGAUUAGAAACUUAAGUGAAUAAAGUUGUCCAAAAACCUUAAAGGGAUAGUUCACACAAAAAUGAAAAUUCUUUCAUCAUUUACUCACCCUCAGAUUAUUCCAAACCUGUGUAAAUGUUUUUGUUCUGUUGAACACAACAAAAGAUAUUUGGAAGAAUGUCAGUAACCUAACAGAUCUCAUUCCCCAUUUACUGCCAUGGUAUAGGGAAAAUAAAUACUAUGGGAGUCAAUGGGGGAUGGAUCUGUCUAGUUACUGACAUUCUUCCAAAUAUCUUAGCUGAUGUUGAGGGGGCUGCUGGGAAUGUUGCUGUCUUUGCUGUUGUAGGAAAAAUUGUUUUGUCAUAUUAAAAAUAUAAUUAUUAUAAUGAUAAUAAAAAAGUGUUGAACGUAUAAUUCGGAGGAUGACAAAAUCAGAAUAAGGCCAUGUUCAGACUUGACUUCUUUUUCGAAGCUGCUAGCGUCUGUUUUACAUUAUAAUCCUAUGUAAUAAACCGUGUUUUCCAAAAAAGUGCUGAGCGCUUUUUCAAACGCCAGCGUCGGCGUCUCUUUCUGCAGUUCUGAGCGUCUUUUGAGGUUGAAAAAAGUUCAACUUUUCUGGAAAAAAAAACGCCCUACGUCAAGCUCCCUUUUCACAGCAAACCGAAGGCAUUAUAAUGCCAUAAAGAAACGAGCGCAAUGCUGAUGCUGGCAGCGCACGGCAAAUAACUUCCGCGAGAGGACAACGGAUAUACACGCGAGGAAACGGGAUCCCGCGAGCUCGUUUGAUAUCGAAAGCCAACAGGUUCACAAUUCGCGUGCUUUUGAUCGCCGUAUUAAUAUUAAAACGCCGAUUUCUUAACGCCGCCAGGCGUUAAUUAAGCGCCGCCUGGCGCUAAAUUAACGUCAUACGCCGCCACGCGUUAAAAUAACGCCGCACGCCGAUCGACGUUAAGUUAACGUCACAGGUCACUCAAAAUGCAAACUUAUUAGCUAAUAUACAUAGCCCCUCCUCUUCUGGGUUUGCGAGCUCUACGGCAAGUCGGAGGCUCGGAGCAUCCAGUACAAUUUCCAAGGGCGCUGUUUACUUAAGUUAACUGGGGGUCUGGCACGCGAUGAAACCGUCUGACCGUAGAGUCACCUCAAAUCCAUAUCCAUCUUAACUUUGUGGAAAACAAAAAUGUAAAGAAAUGAAAGAAAAACCAGCUGAAUAGAAAAAUAUAUAACUAAUGCAGCAUGUUCCAGGAAGCAAUGUGUAAAUGCGGGUGCGUAAAUAAUGACAGAAUUUGGAGUGAAAUAAGUCCUUGCUGUUGGUCUACAGCAGGUUAGCUCGGUUGGCUCGCAGUCACAUGUUACGUAUUUAGCUGGUUCGAGUCCCGCUCGGACCACUUGCAGACUUGUACAUCGUUGGUCUUGUUAUGUUUAUCUCUGUCACAGGGAUUUUUUUUAUAUUUCAGCAUUUAAUGCGUGGUUAAUAUAUAAAGAAAGUCAGGAAUAAGAGCUCUUUUUCCACAACAAACUUGCAGGAUAUUCUAAGUUUCUUAAGCGCUCCCGACAGCCUCGCCAACAUCCUUUCAAUAAUCACCUUAACGCACAUCACCUGCCCACUUAAAUUUCAUUAGCAUGCGACCACUCACAUUACCUACGGGACAUUUUGCCUACCUCCGUGAAGAGACUGACGCUAUACCCUGUGUGGAACUGACUUUCAGCCGAGCAUUUAGAUAUAAUUCAUUUUACUCGACAAAGUAUAUGAAACAAUAUAAAAAUGACGACCAUGCUAACUUGAGUGUUUAUGCAUGUUCUCUACUAUGUGGAGAACUACUAUUAUGUGAAGUCUGCUUUAUUAACGUUUUCUUCCGUUAAUAAAGUUAACAAAAAUGCUUUUAUUCUGUAUCCGUUUACAAGGCUGUCGGGAGCGAUUAAGAAACUUAAUGUACGUUUGUUGUGGAUAUAGGUUGUUAUAAGUAAUAUAAUGAGUAAUAUAUUAAUGUAAAUGUCACACUAUCCAGGGCUUUUUGUGUUGUAUUCGUUUUGCACAGUUACUGUAGCUGCAUAAAUCGGCUUAAUUUGUUUUCUUUUAGA